CAUUUGCAUUUUAUUCAGGCGCUAAACUAGCCCGCUAAUUUCAGGGUCCUGCCACUGCGCGACGGGAAGAACAUUUUGCCCACCAAACAAACUCCAUGUAGAAGCAGAGAAAUCCAAGAAUGCCUGCUGAACGCAAGAAGUCCGUGAAUAUGGAAGAGAAAGAGCCAGGAAACAGUAGCAAGGAGAAAGAAAGGGAGAGAGAGGGCGACCGGCGACCCACCUCGUCCCGGGAAAAAGGGAAAGACGAGCCCAAAACAGGCAAGAAGGAUGGAGGCAAAGCAGCAGAGGAGAAGAAGAGGAGGAUCGAAGACGAGAAGAGAAAGAAGGAAGAAAAGGAGCGCAAGAAGAAAGAGGAGGAGAAACUAAAAGCAGAGGAAGAGCAGAAGAAAAAGGAGGAGGAGGAGAAAAGGCUGCAGGAAGAAGAGGAGAGGAAGAAGCAAGAGGAGGAAGCAAAGAGACUGAAGGAGGAGGAGGCAGCUUUGCUCAAGGAGACAGAGGAGGCGCAGCAGCUGCACCAGGAGUCCUGGGAGCGCCACCACACGCGCAAGGAGCUGCGCGCGCGCAACCAGAGCGCCCCCGAGGGGCGGCCCGAGGAGGCCUUCUUCGGACGCCUGGACUCGAGCCUGAAGAAGAACACGGCGUUCGUGAAGAAGCUGCGCACGCUGACGGAGCAGCAACGCGAGGCGCUCUCGCACGACUUCGCCAGCCUCAACCUGAGCAAGUACAUCGGCGAGGCCGUCAGCUCUAUGGUGGAGGCCAAGCUCAAGCUGUCGGACGUGAGCUGCGCCGUGCGCCUGUGCUCGCUGUUCCACCUCCGCUACGCCGAGUUCGCGCCGCUCCUGCUGCAGGCCUGGCGCAAGCACCUGGACGCGCGCCGUGAGGAGAAGACGCCCAACGUCAGCAAGCUGCGCACCGACCUCCGCUUCAUCGCCGAGCUCACCGCCGUCGCCCUCUUCACCGACAAGGAGGGCCUGUCGCUCAUGUACGAGCAGCUGAAGGGCAUCACCGGCGUCGAUCGCGAGACACACACGCACGUCUCCGUGGUGAUCAGCUUCUGCAAGCACUGCGGCGACGACAUCGCCGGGCUGAUGCCGCGCCGCGUCAAGGCAGCGUCUGACAAAUUCGGCCUGGCGUUCCCGCCAAGCGAGAUCAUCACCACCGAGAAGCAGCAGCCCUUCCAGAACCUUCUGCGCGAGUAUUUCACCUCGCUCACCAAGCACCUGAAGAAAGACCACCGCGAGCUGCAGAACAUUGAGAGACAGAACCGGAGGAUCCUGCACUCGAAGGGGGAGUUGAGUGAGGACAGGCACAAGCAGUAUGAGGAGUUUGCCACCUCCUACCAGAAGCUGCUGGCCAACACACAGACUCUGGCCGACCUGCUGGACGAGAUCAUGCCUGAGCUGCCCCUGGACAAAAGCGUGCAGGAGGAACACGGGCCUGGCAUCGACAUCUUCACCCCUGGCAAGCCCGGGGAGUUUGACCUGGAGGGUGGCAUCUGGGAGGACGAGGACGCUAGAAACUUCUACGAGAACCUGGUCGACCUCAAGGCCUUCGUCCCAGCCAUUCUCUUCAAGGAUAAUGACAAGAGUGGCCAGGGCAAGCAAGGAGAUGAUGGCAAAGGCGUGUGUGUUCCAGAUAAAGAUAAAGAUAAAGACAGCAAGGACGAUAAAGACAUCAAGGACAUUAAGGAUAUCACCAGCACAGAGGAGCUGGAGUUGGAACUGGAGGCUCUGGACAUCGCUGAUGACCCCUUAGAGCUGGAACCCACAGACGCCGAGGCCGAGAACGAGGAACUCGCCAAGAAACUACUGGACGAGCAAGAACAAGAGGAUGAAGAAGCCAGCACAGGCUCCCAUUUGAAGCUCAUUGUAGAUGCCUUCAUCCAGCAGCUUCCUAACUGUGUUAACAGAGAUCUGAUAGACAAGGCCGCCAUGGAUUUCUGCAUGAACAUGAACACAAAAUCCAAUCGCAGGAAACUGGUCCGAGCACUCUUCACUGUACCCAGACAAAGGCUGGACUUGCUGCCCUUCUACUCGCGGCUGGUGGCUACCCUGCAUCCCUGCAUGUCAGACGUGGCUGAGGACCUGUGCUCCAUGCUCAAAGGGGACUUCAGGUUCCACAUCCGUAAGAAGGACCAGAUCAACAUUGAGACCAAGAACAAGACCGUCAGGUUCAUCGGAGAGCUGGCUAAGUUCAAGAUGUUCACCAAAACAGACACACUGCACUGCCUGAAGAUGCUGCUGUCUGAUUUCUCUCAUCACCACAUAGAGAUGGCCUGCACCCUACUGGAGACCUGCGGACACUUCCUGUUCAGGUCACCAGAGUCUCACCUGAGGACCAGCGUACUUCUGGAACAAAUGAUGCGUAAAAAGCAGGCGCAGCACCUGGACGCUCGGUACAUCACCAUGGUGGAGAACGCCUACUACUACUGCAACCCCCCUCCCAUGGAGAAGACCGUGCGCAAGAAGAGACCCCCCCUCCAGGAGUACAUCCGCAAGCUGCUCUACAAGGACCUGUCAAAGGUCACCACAGAGAAGGUGUUGCGUCAGAUGCGUAAGCUUCCCUGGCUGGACGCGGAGACCAAGGCCUACCUGGUGUGCUGCAUGGUCAACAUCUGGAACGUCAAGUACAACAGCAUCCACUGCGUGGCCAACCUGCUGGCCGGACUGGUGGCCUACCAGGAGGAUGUUGGCAUACAUGUAGUGGACGGGGUGCUCGAGGACAUACGCCUGGGAAUGGAGGUGAACCAGCCCAAGUUUAACCAGCGGCGUGUGAGCAGUGCCAAGUUCCUGGGCGAGCUCUACAACUACCGCAUGGUGGAGUCGGCCGUCAUCUUCCGCACGCUCUUCUCCUUCAUCUCGUUCGGCGUGAACACGGACGGCACGGCCUCCCCCCUCGACCCCCCCGAGCACCACUUCCGCAUCCGCCUCGUCUGCACCCUGCUCGACACCUGCGGCCAGUACUUCGACCGUGGCUCCAGCAAGAGGAAGCUCGACUGCUUCCUCAUCUACUUCCAGAGGUAUGUCUGGUGGAAGAAGAGUCUGGACGUGUGGACGAAGGACCACCCAUUCCCCAUAGACAUUGACUACAUGAUCAGCGACAUGCUGGAGCUCCUGAGGCCCAAGAUGAGGCUCUGCACCUCACUGGAGGAGGCCACGAGACAGGUCACAGAGUUGGAGAAGGAGGUCAUGAUUAAACUGGGCUUAGCGAUGGAGAAGGAUGGCCGUUGCCCCAGUUCUUUGGGUGAGGGAGAGGACGAAGAUGAUGAUGAUGACGAUGAGGAGGGUGGGGCAGAGACAGAGGAGCAGUCUGGAAACGAGAGCGAGAUGAACGAGCAAGAGGAGGGAUCUGAGAAUGAGGAGGAAGAGCGAGAGGAAGAGGAAGAGGAGAACACAGACUACCUGACCGACUCCAACAAAGAGAAUGAAACGGAUGAUGAAACCAAUGAGGUUACUAUCCGUGGAGGUGGCUUGAAGCACGUUGCCUGUGCUGAAGAUGAGGAUUUCAUCCAGGCCCUAGAUAAGAUGAUGUUGGAGAACCUGCAGCAGCGCAGUGGAGAGGCUGUGAAAGUGCACCAGCUGGACGUUGCGAUCCCCCUGCAGCUGAAGAGCCAGCUGAAGAAAGGCCCCCCCCCUGUUGAAGGAGAGGGGGACGCAGAGAUCAAUGACACCAUGCAGUUCGUCAUGCUCACUCGCAAGGGCAACAAGCAGCAGUAUAAGAUCUUGAACGUGCCGCUGUCGUCCCAUCUGGCUGCCAACCACUUCAACCAGCAGCAGGCCGAGCAGGAGGAGCGCAUGCGCAUGAAGAAGCUCACCCUGGACAUCAACGAGCGUCAGGAGCAGGAGGACUACCAGGAUGGUGCAGAGAUGCUGCAGUCCCUGGCCCAGCGCCCUGCGCCGGCCAACACCAACCGUGAGCGACGGCCUCGCUACCAGCACCCCAAAGGGGCCCCCAAUGCUGACCUCAUCUUCAAAACAGGGGGCAGGCAGGAUGCUAGGGCCAGGCGUCGACUCUGAUAGACCUGUAUGCUGAGGAUAAACAGCUGAGGGACUGGCGACGCUGAUUGGAUCCCAGUCGAGUGAGCAACAGAGCGUGAAAGAGAAAUGUACAAAAA